CUCAGACACACCCCGGGGAAGGCGCGGGGCUGCGGCACCCCACCCCCACCCCCCCCGCCCUCCGCACCUGGAAACGGUGAGGACCUGGAGAGGCGGGGCGCGGCAGGAGGCUGGCCCGGCGACUGAGCAGCUCCGCCGAAAGCCUGCCCGACUGAAGCAGGGCGAAGGGGGGAGGGUCUCGAGGCGAGUUCUGCUCCUCCGAGGGAGGGACCCCAGCUGGAGUGGAAAACCAGCACCAGCUGACCACAGAGACACGCCGCGCUGAUCAUGGAGAGGGCCGGCCCCGGCUCCGCGCGGCCGCAACGGCAAUGGGACCAGGACUCGGUCGAAGCGUGGCUGGACGAUCACUGGGACUUUACCUUCUCUUACUUUGUUAGGAAAGGCACCAGGUAAGAAGAGGAGCCGCGGAAGCCCCGGCCGGGGCAUGGAGCGUGACCUGGGGUUUCUCUCUCUCCUCUAUUGAAUGCUCCCCUUCUUUAAGCAUUAAGCAGUCUCCACUCUCAGGCCCUUUGCUUUUGAAGUUGGGCCAUGAUCUUACGGUGUAGAGACCUCGACUUUUAAGGCGAGUGCAGUCGAAAAACCCAAGCGUCGGAUCCGAUCCAACUUGCUCACAAAAGUUCAAAUACAAAAAUGUAUGUGCCGAACCCCCACCCCCACCCCCUCCACACGCCGGCAGCCCUGGUAGUCCCUGGGAGCAAGAUUAUUUCCAUAUAUUUGUUCUCACGGGCCUUUCUCUAGCCUCCUGGUUCCCCUAACUCUCCUUAGCGAAACCAAAACAGUGCUUGACCCCCUUCCCUGCAGCUCCGGAAGCACCAUUUCCAACGCGGUCCCCGUGGCUCCGCUCCUCCCCCGUCCCCCUUUGCCCCGGCCCUGGCGGGGCGGAGAAGCCGGGGUAGGGGCGAGACCGAGAAGCACCCAAAGGCAGCACCAUGCCGGAACCUUCCCAGAGUGAGUGCUGUCGUCUUUUGCCCCCCUCCCAGUCCCCUGGUUGUCCCGCGCUCUUCCUUUCCUUCGCGUUUGCGCGCAAGGCGGCGGCGUGGAAGGCGCUCCGUGGAGGGGCUGGCGGCGCGCACACAAAGGACGGCGGAGAGCUGACCCCGGGGGGGUGGCAGGUCCCGCGCGGCCCGAGGCGACCCCGGAGGCCAGUCUUCCUGGUCCGGAGCCAAGCGCCGGGGCGGCUGCUGCGGAGGGUGGGGAGAAGGGAGCCUGUGCUUGGGGAGGAGGCUGCGCAGCGGACAGUCGAGGCGCGCGUGGGAAGCGCCCGCGGGAGAAUUGGAGAGGCAUCCAGGCUGAAGCCGAGGGGCUAGGAGGGUGGAACGAAGAGUGGGAGGCGGGAGGGUGCCCGGAAGCCGGAGAGUUGAUGCGAAGCCGCAGCGAGGGCGAGGCUGCUGCGCGCGGACGGGUGCUGACUCCCAGGCGCACUCCUUUGGAGAAGGGGCCCGGACUUCGCCGUCGCCGGCUCGGGGCAGCGGCCUUCGGGCAGCCGGCGCUGGCCGCCUCGGGCGGGAGGGAGGCACGCUCGGGGCGGUGAUGGUGGAGGAGCCGGCCGGGGCUGGCCGCCGGACUCCCACCCUCCGGCGCACCGCCGCGGUCCGGCCUGGCGCUCCCCGCCAGGGGGCGGCGCGGCGCGGGGCGAGCGGGCGGCGGCGCGACGGCGGGGACCGUAGGGAAGCCGGCUUCGAGCGACCCGCCUCACCUGGGCGAGUCGUCGCCCCCGACGCCUCCUGCAGUCCAGGGUCCGCCGAGGCCGCCUGGUGUGCACCUCCAACUCCCCUCGUUUGCUAUGUUGCCUUUUGGAGACAAAACAAGAGAAAUGGUCAAUGCAUGGUUUGCUGAGAGAGUCCACACCAUCCCUGUGUGCAAGGAAGGAAUCAAAGGCCACACGGAAUCCUGCUCUUGCCCCUUGCAGCCAAGUCCCCGUGCAGAGAGCAGUGUCCCUGGAACACCGACCAGGAAGAUCUCUGCCUCCGAAUUUGAUCGGCCGCUUAGACCCAUCGUUAUCAAGGAUUCUGAGGGAACUGUGAGCUUCCUCUCUGACUCAGACAAGAAGGAACAGAUGCCUCUAACCUCCCCACGGUUUGAUAAUGAUGAAGGGGACCAGUGCUCGAGACUCUUGGAAUUAGUGAAAGAUAUUUCUAGUCACUUGGAUGUCACAGCCUUAUGUCACAAAAUUUUCUUGCACAUCCAUGGACUCAUCUCCGCCGACCGCUACUCCUUAUUCCUCGUCUGUGAGGACAGCUCCAACGACAAGUUUCUUAUCAGCCGCCUCUUUGAUGUUGCGGAAGGUUCAACACUGGAAGAAGCUUCAAAUAACUGCAUCCGCUUAGAGUGGAACAAAGGCAUCGUGGGACACGUGGCUGCUUUUGGUGAGCCCUUGAACAUCAAAGACGCCUAUGAGGAUCCUCGAUUCAAUGCAGAAGUUGACCAAAUUACAGGCUACAAGACACAAAGUAUUCUUUGUAUGCCAAUUAAGAAUCAUAGGGAAGAGGUUGUUGGUGUAGCCCAGGCCAUCAACAAGAAAUCAGGAAAUGGUGGGACAUUCACUGAAAAAGAUGAAAAGGACUUUGCUGCUUACUUGGCAUUUUGUGGAAUUGUUCUUCAUAAUGCUCAACUCUAUGAGACUUCACUGCUGGAGAACAAGAGAAAUCAGGUGCUGCUUGACCUUGCUAGCUUAAUUUUUGAAGAACAACAAUCAUUAGAAGUAAUUCUAAAGAAAAUAGCUGCCACUAUUAUCUCUUUCAUGCAGGUGCAGAAAUGCACCAUUUUCAUAGUGGAUGAAGAUUGCUCCGAUUCUUUUUCUAGUGUGUUUCACAUGGAGUGUGAGGAAUUAGAAAAAUCGUCAGAUACUUUAACACGGGAACGUGAUGCAAACAGAAUCAAUUACAUGUAUGCUCAGUAUGUCAAAAAUACUAUGGAACCACUUAAUAUCCCAGACGUCAGUAAGGACAAAAGAUUUCCCUGGACAAAUGAAAACAUGGGAAAUAUAAACCAGCAGUGCAUUAGAAGUUUGCUUUGUACACCUAUAAAAAAUGGAAAGAAGAACAAAGUGAUAGGGGUUUGCCAACUUGUUAAUAAGAUGGAGGAAACCACUGGCAAAGUUAAGGCUUUCAACCGAAACGAUGAACAGUUUCUGGAAGCUUUCGUCAUCUUUUGUGGCUUGGGGAUCCAGAACACACAGAUGUACGAAGCAGUGGAGAGAGCCAUGGCCAAGCAAAUGGUCACGUUAGAGGUUCUGUCUUAUCAUGCUUCAGCUGCAGAGGAAGAAACCAGAGAGCUGCAGUCCUUAGCGGCUGCUGUGGUACCAUCUGCCCAGACCCUUAAAAUCACUGACUUCAGCUUCAGCGACUUUGAGCUGUCUGACCUGGAAACGGCACUGUGCACAAUCCGGAUGUUCACUGACCUCAACCUUGUGCAGAACUUCCAGAUGAAACAUGAGGUCCUUUGCAAGUGGAUUUUAAGUGUGAAGAAGAACUAUCGGAAGAACGUCGCCUAUCAUAAUUGGAGACAUGCCUUUAAUACAGCUCAGUGCAUGUUUGCGGCACUAAAAGCAGGCAAAAUUCAGAAGAGGCUGACGGACCUGGAGAUACUCGCACUGCUGAUUGCUGCCUUAAGCCAUGAUCUGGAUCACCGCGGUGUCAAUAACUCAUACAUACAGCGAAGUGAACACCCACUUGCUCAGCUCUACUGCCAUUCAAUCAUGGAGCAUCAUCAUUUUGAUCAGUGCCUGAUGAUCCUUAAUAGUCCUGGCAAUCAGAUUCUCAGUGGCCUCUCCAUUGAAGAAUAUAAGACCACCCUGAAGAUAAUCAAGCAAGCUAUUUUAGCUACAGACCUAGCACUGUACAUAAAGAGACGAGGAGAAUUUUUUGAACUUAUAAUGAAAAAUCAAUUCAAUUUGGAAGAUCCUCAUCAAAAGGAGUUGUUUUUAGCGAUGCUGAUGACAGCUUGUGAUCUUUCUGCAAUUACAAAACCCUGGCCUAUUCAACAACGGAUAGCAGAACUUGUUGCCACUGAAUUUUUUGACCAAGGAGACAGAGAGAGAAAAGAACUCAACAUAGAGCCCGCUGAUCUAAUGAACCGGGAGAAGAAAAACAAAAUCCCAAGUAUGCAAGUUGGAUUCAUAGAUGCCAUCUGCUUGCAACUGUAUGAGGCCUUGACCCAUGUGUCAGAGGACUGUUUCCCUUUGCUGGACGGCUGCAGAAAGAACAGGCAGAAAUGGCAGGCUCUUGCAGAACAGCAGGAGAAGACACUGAUUAAUGGUGAAAGCAGCCAGACCAAGCGGAACUGAGAGGCCUAUUCAUGCAGAGCUGAAGUUGACAGAUGGUGUCUUCUGCAGUAUGCCGAGUUUUGCUACAUACUGUACAGAUUUGGUGUAUACUUUGCCACUGCUGUAUUUUUAUUUUUGCACAAUUUUUGACAGCGUAGCAUGAAAUGUUUUUAGAGGACUAUUGCAUAUUUUCUGUACAUUUGUUUUAUGCCACUGAACUGAGAUUAUCAACACCACCCACUCUUAGCACGUGAAUAAGAGCACUGUUUGUAAUAUUUUGUGUACUGCAGGUACAAGUUGCAUUCUUGCACAGAGGCUAAUUUUGGGUUUGUUUGUUUUUUUCUGGGGAUUUUAAAUAAUUGGUUUUGUGUUUUCUGAAUUAUCAAUCUUUGAAGAAUGUUUAGAAUCUUUUCUUUCUUAAAAAUAGUCUAGGAGCAAACUGAAUAUAUUCUGUGACAUUUAAAACCUUCAUAGAACAGAGAAAAGUGUUGACUUUUAAAGCUUGUUGGAUUUUAAAAGGAAUGGGCUAUAUUUUUCAACACUUAUUACCUUAACGAAAGAAAGUUAAAACUCUAAACAAAUGGAAAGUACUAUAAGGCAGUAUUGUAAAGAAAAGACAUUACUUAAUUAAUUUGGUUUUUGUGUUGUUAGAGAACAGGCAAGAGAGAGAUUUCUUAUUUCAGUGCAAUACAUCCCAAAGGCUACCCAUAAAUGCUCACUUCGACCUAACAGACCUGGUAGAGAGCAGGAGGAGCCUGGGAAGAAGACCCAGCCCCUGAGUCUCGAGGGAUGAGCCUGCUGCAGAAAUGGAGUGGCCAGGACAGCCGUCAGGGAAGAGAACGCUCCACCGGAGGACACCCUGACAGUCAGGGUGUCACACACUGAGCUUCCUUUUCGUUCACCUCACGAGUCAUCGUUGUAAGUCAACACUUUAAAACACAACAAGCGAUCAUGGGCGCACAGGCCUGAAAUGAGCUGUGACCACUCAGGACAAGAGGGUAUGCACCCUAAACUGGCCCCUGAGCUCAUACUUGGUGGGAUUUACUUCUCAUAACUUUUAGUCCAUUUAGAAAAUGCUAAUGUUUUCUUAGAACUUGAGCUCAUUUAAUUGUAUUCCCACUGUACAUAUGUGCCCCUAAAGACACUUGUAUUCCAUAUGAGAGCAGUAGAUAACGAAGCGAGAAACUGGUUCCGGAAAAGAAAAUCUGCUCUAAAUGUGCAGUAAUGUUUGGACUUGGGGAAGAAUAGGAAGACAGGCGUUUCAUCUGUUCAUAUCCCUCCACAUCUCUGAAAAAAGUUUCUGAGUUUCUAUCACUGGUUUGGAUAGAAAAGCUCUUGGGGAUAUGAUAAUGCAGCAUAGAAGAAUUUUCACUAAAACAUAUUUUCCAUUUAUAUACAUUUUUUCCCUAAACAUCCUAAAAUUCAACAUAUAAGUUUUGAAAAUUCUAAGUGUGUAUAUGUAUCUUGACAUAAAGUAAUUUUAUUCUUACUCUUCAGUUAAAAAAAACACAAAACAUAUUGUAUUGCCAUCAUUUUGUAGUGGUAAGGGAGAGUCUAGAAGGUUAUCAGUUGUUUAAUGCAGUAUGUAUUACUGUUGUAAUACUUGUAACUUCAGCAUGUUAUUCUGUUUUUAAGUCAUACACAUGAGAUCUGAGAGUUUGCCUCUUGGUGGCACUGGUGUGUAACUUACACAGACUGUCACUAACAUAACAUAUCUUCAUACCAGGAUAUGCCUAUGCAUGCAUACACAAUUCCUUAGUACCGAAAAAUUGUUUGAAGAAUAGCAGUCUUUUCAGUAACCUAUCAUCUUUUUACCAUACACAUUGUGAUUUAGCAGCUAUGCUAAAAUCUGUAAUCAAAUAUUUCAGCAGUUUGUUCAGGGCUUCUCAUGUAUGUCAUUACAACUUUUACAUACAUAGUAGACUAUGUAUAGAGAAUUUGUAUGUAUGUCAUUUUAACAAGUAAGAUGAUAGAUUUAGAAAUUCUUGGCUUACUUUUAGAUAAUGGCUUAUUUUACUUUACUAGUUUAGAAACUGAAAGAAGUUGGGCAAUGCCAUACCUAUUUUAUCUUUGGGUAUUUUAGUUCAUACAGAAGAAGAGUGCUUCUUGAAGCCUGGUUAGUUGGUUCAAAUAAUUUUUAACUUUUAGGAAAAUCAUUCCAUACAUGGAUUAAUACCUGGUACAUGGACACAAAUUCUUAUGUGAAUAUUUCCUUUCCAGUAUCCUCUCAAGUUGGGGGAAUAUAUAUAUAUUCUCUCACCCUACCCUAUAUUUAUAUUACCUGUAACUAGCAAGAAAUUGUUCUAGAUUAGUUUGCUGUUGUUCUAGCUGAGUAACAUGAUACCAUUUCAUUUCAAUUUUCAGCCCCAGAAGUCCCCACUACUUUGCUAAGUUGUGAAUGAUGUCUGUAAGACUGCCUGCCUGGCCUUAUACUUUCACAGGAGUGGCCUUUGCCAGUCACUAACCCGUGUGAACUCGAGUUUCAGUGUCAUAACUGCUGUGAAUGUGAACCAGUUGUGCCGCUGAAGGAGUUGUGUUUGGGCUAAGCCUUCCCUGCAAGGGGGAUGUCACAGAGGACAGCUCCUGUGUCAGAGCUGGUGGGCCCUGGAGACCACUGUCGGAAAGGAGACGGCGGGCCCCAAAGCAAGGUGUCUAGUCCCAUAUGUUAUUUCCUAUGUUGAGUUUCCAAGACUGGGGAGGAAAAAAGUACAUUUCUUUGGCUCCUAGUGCAGAUCAUUAGUUGUGUGAGAUUUAGAGCUCUCUCAGCACCUCGCCUCAAGGUACAAACGCCACCGAUCUCCUUACUACAAGUAACAGUUUCCUCCCACGGGAGUGUUGGAGAUGAGAAAGCGUAUGACAGCGUACUGGAAAUAAUGGGUUGCGGGAGGAAACGGGUCACAGAUAUAUUCUCACCUAGCUGUGAAGUGCCUUUAUUUUCAGCACAGAGCACAAAUGUCAGACCAACUCCAAUUUGAUGUUCUGUUUCCCUGUGUUUUCCAUCAGAUUGUAGUCCUAAAACUUUACAGGCCAUCAGAAGAAAUGCUGUUUGUUUUGUUUUACAAGCUUGAUUUAAGAUGGGAUUGGGGGAAAGAGUAUAAUUGCUCUCCUCUCCUAGGAAUAAUUAUAGUUAAAACAAGGUAGUAUAACGCAGUGCUCAGCAUCCGACAUGCCUCAGUCCACCUUUUACUGAGCUUCUGCCACAUGUCAGGUACUGCACUCCACAGUGGAGACCAUGCAGCGACCUCACGGAGUUUGUAAGUCUCUGCAGGGAGUGCGGAUAAGAGACUCACCAGCUUCUGCUUCUGGCGAUUUAAUGUGAAAAUAUAGGGUACAGUUAUCACUUUCACUUAUAUGUAUUAUACAGUUUUUCAAGGACCUUCUUUACCUGGAACUUAUUAAGAAUCCGUCAGUGAACAUCCUGUCUUCCUAUAAGUAUGAAUCACUUAGCCUGUUGAUAGCUUAAAGAACACCUUAUGUUAAGUAUGGAGUCAUAUAUUCCACUGUAUAGAUUAUUUUUCCAUAUGCUAGCCAGGUAGAGAUUACUCAAGAGUUCUCUCAGACUGUUAAACUGCACACGGUUUUGGACCCCUUCUGCUCCACCGCAGGGAGCGAGGAAGAAAGUAUUAAAACUCACUUUGCCCUUCCCAUAUGCUUCUCAAAAGCCUAUGUAAACAUGUCUUAAUGAAUGUUGUUGAAAGCCAUGUAAAUAGUUAAAAACAUAAAUUUCUAAUACAGUUUAAGGGAAGAAAAGCUUAUGAAUUAUCACUAGCCACUUAAUAUCUAUUUCUUAUACCUUUUCAAUACAUUUGAACAAAUAUAUAGUUUCUAGCACUAUUUUUAUACUAGGAUAAAGAGUUAUUACUAUGUAUAUUAUGUUUAGCAUUUAAGUCAUUUUAAAUAAUUGUGAAUGUUGGUUUCUUGUCUUUCCUCUCCCCCACCAUGAAAACCAUUUCAUAUGACUUUGACAAAAUCACUUUAAAAGAACACUUACCCACUUAUGAUGCCAAUGAUCAGGGUGGUUUUUCCAUUGUGCAGACUCAUCACUUGUCAGCUGUUUCCUCAUUUUGCCAUGCUGUGUAAAAAUAAAAAGAAGAAUUAACAAGUAA